AUGCGUUUGGUAUUGGAAUCAUUUGCUGAUUUUUUCAACACUCGAUUACUUGACAAUCCAGAUGCGUUCCUUAUUAGAAUACCCACAACAUGGGUAUGGUUUUUUUUGCGAAAUCGACAACCACUGUUGUUCAUACGAUAUGCAACUGAUUUGAUCACGAAAUGGAGAAAUAGAAUGUUACCUACAAUAGCACAAAUAAUAAUGGAUCAACAGACAGUUACUUUACAACAUUUAGUCGACAUUAUUGAUGAUGAGAAAUUAUGGAAGGUUGGUCAUCGGUUAACAAUAAGUAAUUUAAAUCCUAAAGAUCGUUAA